UCAGUUUAGUUGCGCGCUGCCCACACAGCGGCAACAGUUUUAAAGCUGCCUUUCGCGUUUUUAGUGUAAGUGCUAGCAACAGUCACUAACAAACAGCCACAUGUGUUGCAACUAAUACACACUAAUACACACACGCACAGCUUCCGAACUGUGCUGUACCCGUGCCUUCCGAACCUGCCAUAGAUGCUGCGACGCGUGCUGGGCUAUGGCGUCCUGGGCGCUGGCCUCGUCAGCACCGGUUUGAGCCUGCAUACAAACGACUAUGAGAUCAACUCGCUGGGCAUUGUGCGGCUGACGCGUUCGGCCUGUGCCGUGGUCGACGUGGCGCUCACCUACAAGCGGGAGCUGUACUACAAGGAGUGGGAUAAGACGACGCCCGAGUACAAGGCCGAGAAGAGUCGCGUGCACAAAAUCGCUGCCGAGAAGCUGCUGCAGCUGAUCUGCACCAAUAGGGGCGUCUAUAUCAAGGUGGGUCAGCAUAUCGGCGCUCUGGAGUACCUCUUGCCCAAGGAGUUUGUGCAGACAAUGAAAGUGUUGCACUCGGAUGCGCCACAGAAUCCCAUCGAGGAUCUGUAUAAGGUAAUCAGGCAGGACUUGAAACGCAAUCCGGAGGAUAUAUUCGAUAGCUUCGAGCGUGAGCCACUGGGCACCGCCUCAUUGGCGCAGGUGCACAAGGCGCGUCUAAAGACGGGCGAAAUUGUGGCGGUCAAGGUGCAACAUCCCUAUGUCAAGGGCAACUCGCGUGUGGACAUGAAGACCAUGGAAAUGGCUGUCAAAGUGCUGGCGCGCAUAUUUCCCGACUUCAAGAUACAAUGGCUGGUCGAGGAGUCCAAAAAGAAUCUGCCCAUUGAGCUGGACUUUCUCAAUGAGGGCCACAAUGCCGAAAAGGUAGCCGAGCACUUCAAGAAGUACAGCUGGUUGCGUGUGCCCAAAAUCUAUUGGGAGCUGAGCACAUCACGUGUGCUGGUCAUGGAGUAUCUGGAGGGCGGGCAUGUGACCGAUUUGAAAUACAUCAAGGAUCACAAAAUUGAUAGCUUUGAGGUCGCCAGCCGAAUUGGUCAACUCUACUCGGAGAUGAUCUUCUCCACGGGCUUUGUGCACAGCGAUCCACAUCCGGGCAAUAUACUUGUGCGUCAGACGCCCAAAAAUAAUUUGGAAAUAAUACUGCUCGAUCACGGACUCUAUGCCAAUCUGAGCGACAAGUUUCGCUAUGAAUACUCCAAGCUCUGGCUGAGCAUACUGAACGUCGAUCGCAAGUUGAUGCGCCAGCACAGCGAGCAGCUGGGCAUCAAGGGUGAUCUGUACGGUUUGUUUGUGUGCAUGGUGACGGGUCGACCCUGGGACACGCUCAUGCAGGGCAUUACCAAAGUCAAAUAUUCCAAAGAAGAGAAGAAUACGCUGCAGAACAACACAUCACUGGUGCUGCCCCACAUUUCGGAUGUGCUGGAGCAGGUGGAUCGGCAAAUGUUGCUCAUACUGAAGACAAACGAUCUGAUACGCGGCAUUGAGGCGACGCUGCGCACACAGAAUCGCAUGACCGCCUUCUGGGUGAUGUCCAAGUUCUGUGUGCAAUCCUCAUAUGCGGAACAGCGUGCCCAACAGACGGUGGCUGCCAAACGCUGGCAUUUGCAGCUGCGCGAACGCUGGGAGCUGUUCAAGCUGAAUAUCUACUACCUCUAUUUGGGAUUGAUUAACUUUGGCUUCCUCACCGCGCUCAAGCAGGUGCUCUAGUCGGCUGCAGUUGUUCGUCCCGGGCCAGCCUGCGUGCGUUCUCCUGACGCUUGCGCUGCAUGGAACUCUUUUUGCGUUUGUUUUCGAAAGAGAGAGACAGAAUACACAAUUAGCUGUUGGAGCAUAGGUUGGCCAAACUGUUAGGAUUAAGUUACCAUUAUGAUUGCAAAUGGCAUCAGGAUGACAAACAGAAAUAGGAGCACUAUAUAGAAGGCAUAGCCCGAAUAGAAGUACACAUAGCUCGGCGACGGUGUGUAAACGGGCACAUACGGCGCGUCGCCAUAUUCCGGAUACGCUGCAGUGGUGCUGGUGGUGCUACCCGACGAAUACGAGCUGCUCACAAUGCUUGUUGUUGCAUUCAAUGCUGCUGCAGCGGUUGAUGCUGUUAUUGUUGCGGUCGCCAUUUGUAUCGGACUUGAUUUCGGUUAUAAAAAUAGUUUUGCACAAGUCUCGUUUCACUCAAAGUGUCCGUUCGAACUGAAUUGAACUGAAGUCGCCGAAAAUAAAUUGAUGGGCCCCGGCGACCAGUCAUCAUGGGUCAGGCACGGCUCACAUAUUUGCUUUGUAAUCAUUAGCUGAUAAAGUUGACAAAACCAGUGCCUAGCCUGGGCUUAAGUUCGGUGUGCUUUUCUCUGCCAUGCAUGCCAUAUCUCGUGGUUCGGGGCGGGGGCCACAACUUUAUCUAAUGAGGCACUAUGAUAAAUGUGUGCAAAUGUCACACAAACUGCGUGAAUGUGUAUCUAUAUAUAUAUAUAUAUACUAUAUCUGUAUAAAUAUGUAUGUAAUUGCCUGUAUCGUAUUGUUUUUAUGAUUUAUGGCAAGUUUUCCAUUGUCAAGACGUUUGUUUCGCCUUUUUUUUUAAGGGUAGUCAUAUUAGCUUUAGGGAUGGGCUUCCGGUUAUGAGAAACGCGCACGCAUAGGCACGGGCUUAGUUUUAAUAUGGAAAUUUGUUCUUAAAUUUAUGUUAAUCAUAAAUUUUGUUAGUAAUUAACCAAUUUUAAGGCAAUUGCUAGAGUAAUUCAUAUUUUUAAGUAAAUUACUCGUAAGAAUUUAAAUUACUUGAUAAAUUAGGGCUACAAUUUUUCGAGUAAUUGUAUCUUAACCAUGUAAUUACUUGAAGAAAUGACUGUAAUUACACGUAAUUGUCAUGAGUCGAUGUAAUUACUUGAGUAAUUGUAAAAAGUAAUGUAAUUGUGCAUUCACAAUUAAAUUUACUCAAAUAAUUGUGACUUGCCAGUGUAAUUACUUAAGUAAUUGUGGCUGACAAGUUUAAUUACUUGAGUAAUUGUGCCCUCACAAUAAAUAUACCUAAGUAAAAAUUGUUAA